UGCGCGCGCACGGCGGUCCGCGAGUUUCACAAAUAUCAUUUCAUUCCGUUCGGAGUGGUCGAGCGGGCCGGUCGUCCGCUUGGCCAGUAUGGAAAACGACGAGGAGCGUUCCUUGUCGCUGGGCACCGAGGUGUCGGCCUCGGUCCCGCCCCCGAGCCCCCUGACUGGGUGCUACCUACUUGCGGUUAUCGGAGAGCCUCACACACACGAGCAUAAGGAGAUCAUACUGCAGCGGCUUGUCAAAGGGCUACUAUCAUGGGAUUCAAACGAGAACCAAGUGGACCUGGAGGCCGAGUUGGCCACCCUCACGGCGCAGGCACCCGAGGGGGAGGAGGCCAGAUACGGCGAACGACUAAUCCAAUUCGCGUCCGAGAACCUCGUGACGGAGAUCCUCAUCCACCCGCAGAUGAACACGCUGAUGCAGUGCAUGAGGAACCUGCUCAGCAGCUUCACCAGACACAGGCAUUUAGUACACGCCGGCUACACCGCCGCGGGCAACGGCUCCUGGAUCAUGCAGGACGGCACAUUCUCCCUCGCAGACUUCACAGACGCCUACCAAGAGAACGAGGUCCAACGCGUCAUCAGGGCCUAUGAGAACUCGAUCUCCAUCGACAUACAUUGCUCUACCAGCGGUGGCGGGGAGUGGAGCAAACUCCCAGACAUGUCAUUUGUGAAACAUUGCAAGAUUAGGGUCAACCCCACGGAUAUACUGGAUUCUGGCUCACAAGCCAUUAAGGACUUUGUCGCAUACCUGGAGCCCUACGUCGCCCCAGCGAGCCUGGAGCGCCUGCUGGAGGCUUCUGACGUGGUGGGCAAUAUCCGCUUCAGCCACCCCACUCUGUACGUGUUCCCUGGCGGACAGGGGGACGCCGCGCUCUUCGGGAUCAACGGGUUUAACAUGCUUGUUGACGGCGGAUUCUCUCGCAAAGCGUGCUGGUGGGACUUCGCUCGCCAUCUGGACCGCCUGGACGCCGUGCUGCUUACCAGGCUGAACAACUGUUCCGCUGCGGGCAUGGCGGCUGUGCUGCGCAGGAAGGCACAGGCGUCUGUGUAUCCGCAGAUUGGACAUUUCUUUUGCAACCUGGAAGAGCGGCGCGCCCUUGCAAGCCCCGACGGGGACAAAGACGCGGAUCCCCUUCUCGUGUCCCUCCUACAGGAGGGUUCCGACAUGAUGGCGGAUCUCCGACACCUCAACCUGAAGCCUCAGCAGUGCUACCGUAGCCCUGAACCUAUUAACUUGUACCACAAAGUUGGACACGGUACACUCGACAUGUACGUCCUGAAUCCGUCCAAGGACUCCAAGCACGUGCGUGACUUCCUCAAGAAAUGGCACAACAGUGAACAGAAGCUCUUCGAGGGAGCCAGCGUCUCCAGCGCAUUCAACUUCCCCAUCCCCAAUCUCGUCUCCAUCUGUGCUCUCCUCGUAUGGCGACCAGCCAACCCUGAUGACACCAUCACCCGAAUAAUGUUCCCAGGCUCAACCCCACAGCAUAAAAUCUUCGAAGGCCUAGAAAAACUCAAACAUCUUGAGUUCUUACACCACCCGACAUGCACGGGCCGACAAAUUGCACCGCCGGCCCCACAACCUACAACUACGACAAGAGUUAAAAGUACCAGGACCACGAAAAGCAAAGAAAAGACAGAUAAAACGAAAGACGAAAAAUUUGCAGAACCUGAACCACCCCCAAAGGUUAAAGAUGAGAAAAACAUCAUAGAUAAUAAAUUACUCAGCGAACUGACUGACGGCGAAGAAAAGAAAAUUGAAUCUGUGCUGCAAGAGGCCAUAACUGGCAGGAUAGAGACCAAAUUAGAUGAUAAAAUUGCUCAGUACGAGAGCACUGUGAUAGAUAGUAAAAAGAAAGAAGUAAAGAAAAAAGAAAAAGUAGCGGAAAAGAAGAAACGAAUCGAUAAGACUGAAGAAAAAGAGGUAAAGGAAGUUAAAACGGAAACGAAACAGGAAGUGAAAAAGUCGGAACGUAGGAAACUAGAUGUACGAAAAAGUGAAACGACUAGUGUGACUACUAGAAAUAAAAUUAGUCACCGGACUGCGGUACAGAAAACCGAAAAGAAAACAAGUACUACUUUAUUAGACAAAAAGCCAGGGGAUGAUAAGAAAUCGCCGCCGGCCACUCCGAAAAAGACAGCAGAAGUAAAAUCGACCAUCUCCAGCAUUCAACCAGCUGUGAAAGAUAGAGUUAAAGCUAAGACAAGGAAACUGAGCCCCGGAAGUACUCCAGCUAAAAGCACUAAAGAAGCCGCGAACCGCAAGGUCAUGGAAUCAAAAUACAAACAGCCAUCUCCCAAACGGGAUAUCAUUCAGAAGACUGCAGAUAAACCUAAAGUAAAACGUGAACCUAUUUCACGAAGACCGCGUCCUGUAGUUUCACCAGUGAAAGGAAUAAAAGCUAUGAAAAGUCCCACGAAAUCUAUUAAGUCAGUGAAAAUUGACUCAAAACUAAAAGGACUUCAGAGAGUUAAUUACGAAGACAUUCUAAAAGACGCCAAAAAAUCAGACGAGGAUACGUCUAAGUCACUUGAUGAUAUUAAACUACAAGAAUUAGAUGACAGGGAAGAGCAAGAGAUCGUAAGAGAGAUUGAAGCAGUAUUUAAUAGAGACAGUGAGGCUGAAGAAAAAGUAGAAUUCGUAGGACGUUCUGAUAUUGAAAAACUAAUAAUAGAAGACGUAAAAAUUGAAACAACAGCUGAUGCAGAAUUUGAGGAGGAGUACUUAAUUAUUGAAAAAGAAGAAGUUGAGCAAUACACUGAAGAUUCUAUCGCAGAUCAUGAGGCCAGUCAAGAACGUGAGGAUGAAUUACAAAAGCACAUUAAAGAUAAGGAAGAAUCAGAAAAGAAGAAGGAUGAUUUCAAAGAGGAACAUGUUGAAGAUAAACCAAUAAUAGAAUCGAAAAAAGAUAUUAAACAAGAAUCAAAAGAACACUCUGUAAGUGUUGAAGAAAAACAGGACCAUAGUAGUGAAAAGAAAACUUCAGAUAGCAAAAACGGUGCUGUCAAACCUAAAGAUUCCAUAGAACUUAAUGUAAUGCAGGAAUCACAACCCGAUGAAAAAAUAUCGACUACUAUCGAAUCAGGGGCGACCACAGCACCGACGUUACCAGAGGAUGAGAGGAUAACUCUGGAUGAAAUCAAGGAGGAUCAGCAAGUAGAAGAAAAACAUAUCAAAGAAGAAACGAAGGAAAUAGUUCCCCCACAAACGCUUUUAGACAUUAAAGCCAAGAGUCCAAAAUUAGAAACUAUACCAGCGCCUUUAAGGGAAAUAGUCAAAACACCCGAUGAAGUCGCAGACCUGCCUUUACACGAAGAAGUAGAUUACAGGACAUAUGAGGAAAAGAAAACCCCAGUUGAAGAAGAUAUAUUUAAAAGGAAACCAAAUAUUGGUUUUGUUCAUGAAAUUAAAGUACCUAAAGACCUGCCCCUUAAGGAAAUUGAAGCUGCAACGUCCUUCAAAGGAAGCCAACAUGAUGUGGUUUUAAAAACUGUAGAGCGCCCGUCGCAUGCUGAGCUGGUGAUGGUUACUCCGGGAUCAGCACCAGAAUCACCAAUGUACCCAGAACCGAGUAAAGUCCCCGCUAUUAAAGAACUAGAACCAGUCAAAGAGUACGAUGAUACUGACUUCAACUUUGGACAAUACACAGAACAAUUAAGAGAGACUCAUAUUACUACCGUAGACUCUCCCAUCAAAGACGAAGUAGUUAUUGUUGAAGAGAUUAUUGCAGAUAAAAUACCCUCAAUACCUGAGGACGUCGAAAAAGAAAUUGAAGAAGCAGGUAAGUUAGAAGGCAUAGAUAGGCCUCCUUUAAGCCCUAUAGACGUAGAAAAAAUUGUUGCUGAUGUCGCUGAAGUAUUAAAAUCUGAUAAAAGUUUAGAAGAAAUCAUGGCUGAAAAGUCCCCAGUUAUGCUUCAGAAGUCUCCUGAACACUUGUUUAAAACGGAUACGAUAACUAGUGCUAUUGAAGCAACGAAGCAGUUAAUCUCAAGUGAGACAGCUCUAAAAGAAGAAAAACACAAAGAGACUAAACAAGAGACUGCUGAUUUGGUCAAAGAGAUUUCUCCUGCAAGAUCAAUUGCAUCUGAAGAUUUAAGCGAAGUUUCAGACAAAACUGUACUUAGCGAGGGCAAGCGAGUUAAACGUGAAAUCAAAGAAGACACACAUGACCAAAGAAAAGCGAAGGAUGAUUUGACUAAAGUGAUUAAGGAAACAUUACAAGAAUUAGUCGAAACAGAUGAACAAAAAGACGACAAUCAAGAUUUGAUAGAAGAAAAAUCUGAGAGGAGACUAAGCGUUUCUUUGGAAACAGCAAAAACGCUAGAAAAAUUAGAAGAGAGAAUGGCUGAUCUAAAGAAAAAGGAGGAAGCAAUAUCUCAAAAAAUACUAUUUGAUAAAAAACGAACAAGUAUUGAUUACCUAGAAAAAGACAAUUUUGAAGAAAGUGUAACAUCCAAAAAGACUGUCAAAGAGGUGGCAACGAAAGCAGAUGAAACAGUGCAGGCUUUAGAUGAAAUAGAUUUUGUCACAAGCCAAGAAACUAAAAAGUUACAUGAUGAAAUAAUAUCAACAGAAAAACAAAUAUCUAGUGAAAUUAAACAACAAAUAACAAAAGCUAUUAAAGAGCACGAGGUUUUUAAAAAUGGCGUGUCUUCAAAUGAUCAUUAUGAAAUUCAGCAGACGUUUGAUGAAACUCAGAAGAGCUUUAAAUUAGAAAAAGAUAUGCUAGAGGUAGAAGAAAUGUUAUUUGAUAAAAAAUCAACUCAAUUGGUCCAUGAACCUGUUGUUGAAGAAACCGUCACCAUCGAUAAAAACAUCCUCAAAUCUGAUAAUCUUCUCAGCAAGGUUCACUCGAAAGAACCCAGUUCAGAGAUAGAUGAUCAGAGUAUAGUCGAAGACAAAACAAAAGCAGACCAUUUUGCUAAAGUAGGUAGCACUUAUAAAGAUUUGACUAUCACAGAUAAAACAAAGACUGUACAAACACAUGAAGAUUUGACCGUAACAACAGCUGAUGUGCAUGAAAGUCGCAAGGCAGAAAUUCAAAAUGGACAUAAAGAAAGCCCGGAUAAAGAACAUUGUCUACUUUCGUUGAAAGAAAGUAAACUUUCCCUUGACAAGGAAAAAGAUGAAGCUGAAGAAACUCACGACGAAAGAAAAUCAAGUAUCAUUGAAACGGCGACUAAAGUAGUUAGUGACAUAUCCAGUCAAAUAUUCGAAAAAACUGACAAACUAUUAGAAAAGCACCUCCUAAUAGAGGCUGAAACUUCUGACAAACUUGAUGAAAAGCAAGUAAGUAUAGAAAAGGAAUAUCAGCCAGAGGUGUCGGUCGAUGGUGAAAAAGUUCAAAGCAUAUCCAAACAAGACAGUGUAACAGAAAAAGGCAUAGACGAUGAAAAACACGUAAAGCACACAACCGACUUGGCUAAACCUAUUGAAACUAGUAUAAGUAAAGAAGUUGUCGACGUAACUUCAAAGGGCUUAAGAAUUGAGAGGGAUUCAGGAAUUUUGGGUGCUAUUGAUAAAUUACAUGAAAAACUGAGUCCAGAAAAAGAGGAGAAAGAGGAAGACGUGACAUCCGACGAACUUACAGAAACAACGCCACUUUCAGAUAAACCUGAAAAGGACCUCAGUCCGCAAAAACAACAGACUGAAGUCAUCGACAGCCUAGAAACAGAACUAAAUUUAGCAAAUAAACUUUUGUCAUUCGACAAGGCACCUAGCCCCGUACCAUCUGAGAAGGCCUCAUCAAACAAAGCGUCUAGCCCUGUGCCAUCUGAGAAAGCCCCAUCUGACAAGGCACCUAGCCCUACAUUAUCGGAGAAAGCACCGUCAGAACGGGCACCCAGCCUCAUUGCUUCAGAUAAAGCAGUAAGCCCAGUUCCAUCUGACAAAGCGCCUAGCCCUACAUUAUCAGAGAAGGCCCCGUCGAAAACGGCCCCAAGUCGGCCUUCGGAGAAGGCACCUAGUCCAGUUCCGUCAGACAAGGCCCCUUCGGAAAAGGCAUCUAGCCCAACGUUAUCAGAGAAAGCACUUUCAGAUAAAGCAGUAAGCCCUGAACCAUCUGAAGAGGUGCCAUCGGAGAAGGAACCAGGUCCAGUACCGUCUGAGAAGGCCCCAUCGGAGAAGGCACCAAGCCCAGUACCGUCUGAAAAGGCCCCAUCGGAGAACGCAUCCAGCCCAAUACCGUCUGGGAAGACCCCAUCGGUGAAGGCACCAAGCCCAGUACCGUCUGAAAAGGCCCUUUCAGAGAAGGCUCCCAGCCCAGCCCCGUCGGAAAGUGCCCCAAGCCCAGUACCGUCUGAAAAGGCCCUUUCAGAGAAGGCUCCCAGCCCAGUACCAAGCCCAGUACCAUUUGAAAAGGCCCCAUCUGACAUAACAAUAAGUCCAGUACCAUCUGAGAAAGCACCAAGCCCAAUACCAUCUGACAAGGCUCCGUCAGAAAAGGCGCCUAGCCCAACGUUAUCAGACAAGGCACCAAUUUUAGUACCAUCUGACAAGGCAUCAGAGCCAACAAUCAGCCCUGCGCCCUCUGACAAAGCGCCUAGUCCUACAUUAUCAGAGAAGGCAUCUUUUGAAACUAAACCAAGUGUAGCGCCGUCAGAUAAGGCGCCUAGUCCGGUACUAUCGGAGAAGGCCCUAUCUGACAAAGCGCCAAGCCCAACAUUCUCUGAAAAAGCGCCUUCUGAAAGAGCACCUAGUCUAGUCCCUUCGGAAAAGGCACCUAGCCCGGUACCAUCGGAGAAGGCCCCAUCUGAAAUGGCACCAAGUCCUGUUUCAUCUGACAAAGCGCCAAGCCCAACAUUAUCUGAAAAAGCGCCUUCUGAAAGAGCACCUAGUCUAGUCCCUUCGGAAAAGGCACCUAGCCCGGUACCAUCGGAGAAGGCCCCAUCUGAAAUGGCACCAAGUCCUGUUUCAUCUGACAAAGCGCCAAGCCCAACAUUAUCUGAAAAAGCGCCUUCUGAAAGAGCACCUAGUCUAGUCCCUUCGGAAAAGGCACCUAGUCCGGUACCAUCGGAGAAGGCCCCAUCUGAAAUGGCACCAAGUCCUGUUCCAGCUGACAAAGCGCCUAGUCCAGCUUUGUCCGAGAAAGGACCAUCUGAGCGAGCAUCCAGCCUUGUGCCUUCAGAAAAGGCACCAUCUGAAACAGCACCUAGCCCAGUACCGUCUGACAAGGCCCUAUCAGAAAAGGCGCCAAGCCCUACACCAUCUGAGAAGGCACCAAGCCCAGUACCAUCUGACAAAGCUCCUAGUCCCACUCUGUUAGAAGCGCCAACUUCGAGGACAGGAAGCUUAAUUAUGUCAGACGCAGAUCCAAGCCCUACGCCAUCAGACAAAGCCACAUCUGAGAAGGCGCACAGUUCAGUACCAGCUGCUGGCAAGGCCCCAUCUGACAAAGCACCAAGCCCAGUACCAUCUGAGAAGGCACCAAGCGCAAUAUUAUUAGAAAUAGCAUCAUCUGAGAAAACAAUAAGCCCUGUUCCUUCUGUCAAGGCGCUGUCGGAAAGGGCUCCAAGCCCCGUACCAUCCGAGAAGGCCCCAUCGGAGAAAGCACACAGUCCAGUACCGUCUGACAAAGCGUCAAGCCCGACUCUAUUAGAAAAAGCGCUGACUUCGAAGGCAGGAAGCUUAAUUCUACCAGAUACAGCUCCAAGCCCUACGCCAUCAGACAAAGCUCCUUCCGACAAGGCUCCGUCGGAAAAUGCUCCAAGUCCCGUACCAUCGGAGAAGGCCCCAUCGGAGAAAGCACACAGUCCAGUACCGUCUGACAAAGCGUCAAGCCCGACUCUAUUAGAAAAAGCGCCGACUUCGAGGGCAGGAAGCUUAAUUCUAUCAGAUAUAGCUCCAAGUCCUACGCCAUCAGACAAAGCUCCUUCCGACAAGGCUCCGUCGGAAAAGGCAUCUAGCCCGGUACCAUCUGAAAAAGCGUUCAGUCCGGUACCAUCUGAGAAGGCUAUCUCUGAGAAGGCAUUUAGCCCUGUGCUUCCUGAAAAGUUCUUAUCUGAGAAAGCGCACAGUCCAGCACCAUCUGACAAAGCACCAAGCCCUGCUCCAUCUGACAAGGCAUCAGAGAAGGCAUACAGUCCAGUACCAUUUGACAAAGCACCAAGUCCAGCAUUAUCAGAAAAGGCGCCAUCUGAAAGGGCACCUAGUCUCGUCCCUUUAGAGAAAGCAAUAAGCCCAGUACCAUCUGAUAAGGCCCCAUCUGAAAAAGCGCCUAGCCCUGUUCCUUCUGACAAGGCGCCAUCGGAAAAGGCUCCAAGUCCCGUACCAUCGGAGAAGGCCCCAUCGGAGAAAGCACACAGUCCAGUAUCGUCUGAUAAAGCGACAAGUCCGACUCUAUUAGAAAAAGCGCCGACUUCGAGGGCAGGAAGCUUAAUUCUAUCAGAUAUAGCUUCAAGUCCUACGCCAUCAGACAAAGCUCCUUCGGACAAGGCUCCGUCGGAAAAGGCUUCAAGUCCCGUACCAUCGGAGAAGGCCCCAUCGGAGAAAGCACACAGUCCAUUAUCGUCUGAUAAAGCGCCAAGCCCGACUCUAUUAGAAAAAGCGCCGACUUCGAGGGCAGGAAGCUUAAUUCUAUCAGACAUAGCUCCAAGUCCUACGCCAUCAGACAAAGCUCCUUCCGACAAGGCUCCGUCGGAAAAGGCUCCAAGUCCCGUACCAUCGGAGAAGGCCCCAUCGGAGAAAGCACACAGUCCAGUACCGUCUGACAAAGCGUCAAGCCCGACUCUAUUAGAAAAAGCGCCGACUUCGAGGGCAGGAAGCUUAAUUCUAUCAGACAUAGCUCCAAGUCCUACGCCAUCAGACGAAGCUCCUUCCAACAAGGCUCCGUCGGAAAAGGCUCCAAGUCCCGUACCAUCGGAGAAGGCCCCAUCGGAGAAAGCACACAGUCCAGUACGGUCUGACAAAGCGUCAAGCCCGACUCUAUUAGAAAAAGCGCCGACUUCGAGGGCAGGAAGCUUAAUUCUAUCAGACAUAGCUCCAAGUCCUACGCCAUCAGACAAAGCUCUUUCCGACAAGGCUCCGUCGGAAAAGGCUCCAAGUCCCGUACCAUCGGAGAAGGCCCCAUCGGAGAAAGCACACAGUCCAUUAUCGUCUGAUAAAGCGCCAAGCCCGACUCUAUUAGAAAAAGCGCCGACUUCGAGGGCAGGAAGCUUAAUUCUAUCAGACAUAGCUCCAAGUCCUACGCCAUCAGACAAAGCUCCUUCCGACAAGGCUCCGUCGGAAAAGGCUCCAAGUCCCGUACCAUCGGAGAAGGCCCCAUCGGAGAAAGCACACAGUCCAGUACCGUCUGACAAAGCGUCAAGCCCGACUCUAUUAGAAAAAGCGCCGACUUCGAGGGCAGGAAGCUUAAUUCUAUCAGACAUAGCUCCAAGUCCUACGCCAUCAGACGAAGCUCCUUCCAACAAGGCUCCGUCGGAAAAGGCUCCAAGUCCCGUACCAUCGGAGAAGGCCCCAUCGGAGAAAGCACACAGUCCAGUACGGUCUGACAAAGCGUCAAGCCCGACUCUAUUAGAAAAAGCGCCGACUUCGAGGGCAGGAAGCUUAAUUCUAUCAGACAUAGCUCCAAGUCCUACGCCAUCAGACAAAGCUCUUUCCGACAAGGCUCCGUCGGAAAAGGCUCCAAGUCCCGUACCAUCGGAGAAGGCCCCAUCGGAGAAAGCACACAGUCCAUUAUCGUCUGAUAAAGCGCCAAGCCCGACUCUAUUAGAAAAAGCGCCGACUUCGAGGGCAGGAAGCUUAAUUCUAUCAGACAUAGCUCCAAGUCCUACGCCAUCAGACAAAGCUCCUUCCGAAAAGGCUCCGUCGGAAAAGGCUCCAAGUCCUGUACCAUCGGAGAAAGCACACAGUCCAGUACCGUCUGACAAAGUGUCAAGCCCGACUCUAUUAGAAAAAGCGCCGACAUCGAGGGCAGGAAGCUUAAUUCUAUCAGACAUAGCUCCAAGUCCUACGCCAUCAGACAAAGCUCCUUCCGACAAGGCUCCGUCGGAAAAGGCUACAAGUCCCGUACCAUCGGAGAAAGCACACAGUCCAGUACCGUCUGACAAAGCGUCAAGCCCGACUCUAUUAGAAAAAGCGCCGACUUCGAGGGCAGGAAGCUUAAUUCUAUCAGAUAUAGCUCCAAGUCCUACGCCAUCAGACAAAGCUCCUUCCGAAAAGGCUCCGUCGGAAAAGGCUCCAAGUCCCGUACCAUCGGAGAAGGGCUCAUCGGAGAAAGCACACAGUCCAGUACCGUCUGACAAAGCGUCAAGCCCGACUCUAUUAGAAAAAGCGCCGACUUCGAGGGCAGGAAGCUUAAUUCUAUCAGAUAUAGCUCCAAGUCCUACGCCAUCAGACAAAGCUCCUUCCGACAAGGCUCCGUCGGAAAAGGCUCCAAGUCCCGUACCAUCGGAGAAUGCCCCACCGGAGAAAGCACACAGUCCAGUGCCGUCUGAUAAAGCGUCAAGCCCGACUCUAAUAGAAAAAGCGCCGACUUCGAGGGCAGGAAGCUUAAUUCUACCAGAUACAGCUCCAAGCCCUACGCUAUCAGACAAAGCUCCUUCCGACAAGGCUCCGUCGGAAAAGGCUCCAAGUCCCGUACCAUCGGAGAAGGCCCCAUCGGAGAAAGCACACAGUCCAGUACCCUCUGACAAAGCACCAAGCCCUGCUCCAUCUGACAAGGCACCAGAGAAGGCUUACAGUCCAGUACCAUUUGACAAAGCACCAAGUCCAGUAUUAUCAGAAAAGGCGCCAUCUGAAAGGGCACCUAGUCUCGUCCCUUUAGAGAAAGCAAUAAGCCCAGUACCAUCUGAUAAGGCCCCGUCUGAAAAAGCGCCUAGCCCUGUUCCUUCUGACAAGGCGCCAUCGGAAAAGGCUCCAAGUCCCGUACCAUCGGAGAAGGCCCCAUCGGAGAAAGCACACAGUCCAGUAUCGUCUGAUAAAGCGCCAAGUCCGACUCUAUUAGAAAAAGCGCCGACUUCGAGGGCAGGAAGCUUAAUUCUAUCGGAUAUAGCUCCAAGUCUUACGCCAUCAGACAAAGCUCCUUCCGACAAGGCUCCGUCGGAAAAGGCUUCAAGUCCCGUACCAUCGGAGAAGGCCCCAUCGGAGAAAGCACACAGUCCAUUAUCGUCUGAUAAAGCGCCAAGCCCGACUCUAUUAGAAAAAGCGCUGACUUCGAGGGCAGGAAGCUUAAUUCUAUCAGACAUAGCUCCAAGUCCUACGCCAUCAGACAAAGCUCCUUCCGACAAGGCUCCGUCGGAAAAGGCUCCAAGUCCCGUACCAUCGGAGAAGGCCCCAUCGGAGAAAGCACACAGUCCAGUACCGUCUGACAAAGCGUCAAGCCCGACUCUAUUAGAAAAAGCGCCGACUUCGAGGGCAGGAAGCUUAAUUUUAUCAGAUAUAGCUCCAAGUCCUACGCCAUCAGACAAAGCUCCUUCCGACAAGGCUCCGUUGGAAAAGGCUCCAAGUCCCGUACCAUCGGAAAAGGCCCCAUCGGAGAAAGCACACAGUCCAGUACCGUCUGACAAAGCGUCAAGCCCGACUCUAUUAGAAAAAGCGCCGACUUCGAGGGCAGGAAGCUUAAUUCUAUCAGACAUAGCUCCAAGUCCUACGCCAUCAGACAAAGCUCCUUCCGACAAGGCUCCGUCGAAAAAGGCUACAAGUCCCGUACCAUCGGAGAAGGCCCCAUCGGAGAAAGCACACAGUCCAGUACCGUCUGACCAAGCGUCAAGCCCGACUUUAUUAGAAAAAGCGCCGACUUCGAGGGCAGGAAGCUUAAUUCUAUCAGAUAUAGCUCCAAGUCCUACGCCAUCAGACAAAGCUCCUUCCGACAAGGCUCCGUCGGAAAAGGCUCCAAGUCCCGUACUAUCGGAGAAGGCCCCAUCGGAGAGAGCACACAGUCCAGUACCGUCUGACAAAGCGUCAAGCCCGACUCUAUUAGAAAAAGCGCCGACUUCGAGGGCAGGAAGCUUAAUUCUAUCAGACAUAGCUCCAAGUCCUACGCCAUCAGACAAAGCUCCUUCCGACAAGGCUCCGUCGAAAAAGGCUACAAGUCCCGUACCAUCGGAGAAGGCCCCAUCGGAGAAAGCACACAGUCCAGUACCGUCUGACCAAGCGUCAAGCCCGACUCUAUUAGAAAAAGCGCCGACUUCGAGGGCAGGAAGCUUAAUUCUAUCAGACAUAGCUCCAAGUCCUACGCCAUCAGACAAAGCUCCUUCCGACAAGGCUCCGUCGGAAAAGGCUACAAGUCCCGUACCAUCGGAGAAGGCCCCAUCGGAGAAAGCACACAGUCCAGUACCGUCUGACAAAGCGUUAAGCCCGACUCUAUUAGAAAAAGCGCCGACGUCGAGGGCAGGAAGCUUAAUUCUAUCAGAUAUAGCUCCAAGUCCUACGCCAUCAGACAAAGCUCCUUCCGACAAGACUCCGUCGGAAAAGGCUCCAAGUCCCGUACCAUCGGAGAAGGCCCCAUCGGAGAAAGCACACAGUCCAGUGCCGUUUGAUAAAGCGUCAAGCCCGACUCUAUUAGAAAAAGCGCCGACUUCGAGGGCAGGAAGCUUAAUUCUAUCAGAUACAGCUCCACGUCCUACGCCAUCAGACAAAGCUCUUUCCGACAAGGCUCCGUCGGAAAACGCUCCAAGUCCCGUACCAUCGGAGAAGGCCCCAUCGGAGAAAGCACACAGUCCAGUACAGUCUGAUAAAGCGCCAAGCCCGACUCUAUUAGAAAAAGCGCCGACUUCGAGGGCAGGAAGCUUAAUUGUAUCCGACAUAGCUCCAAGUCCUACGCCAUCAGACAAAGCUCCAUCUGAAAAGGCAUUUAGUCCGGUACCAUCUGAAAAAGCUCUCUCUGAGAAGGAAUUUAGCCCUGUGCCUCCUGAAAAGGUCCUAUCUGAGAAUGCGCACAGCCCAGUACCAUCUGACAAAGCACCAAGCCCUACUCAAUUUGACAAGGCCCCGUCUGAAAAAGCACCUAGCCCCGUUCCUUUUGACAAGGCGCCAUCGGAAAAGGCUCCAAGCCCCGUACCAACGAAAAAGGCCCCGUCGGAGAAAGCACACACUCCAGUACUGUCUGACAAAGCGUCAAGCCCGACUCUAUUAGAAAAAGCGCCGACUUCGAGAGCAGGAAGUUUAAUUCUAUCAGAUAUAGCUCCAAGCCCUACGCCGUCAGACAAAGCUCCAUCUGAAAAGGCAUUUAGCCCGGUACCAUCUGAAAAAGCAUCCAGUCCGGUACCAUCUGAAAAAGCUCUCUCUGAGAAAGCGCACAGUCCGGUACCAUCUGACAAAGCACCAAGCCCAGCUCUAUCUGACAAGGCAUCAGAGAAGGCAUACAGUCCAGUACCAUUUGACAACGCACUAAGUCCAACAUUAUCAGAAAAGGCGCCAUCUGUAAGGGCAUCUAGUCUAGUAUCUUUAGAGAAAGCACUAAGCCCAGCACCAUCUGACAAGGCCCCGUCUGAAAAAGUGCCUAGCCCUGUUCUUUCUGACAAGGCUCCAUCUGAGAAGGCCCCUAGCCCUGUUCCAUCUGAGAAGGCGCCAUCAGAGAAAGCGCCAAGCCCUGUUCCUUCUGUCAAGACUCCAUCUGAGAAGGCGCCUAGCCCUAUUCCUUCUGACAAAGCACCAUCGGAAAAGGCUCCAAGCCCCGUACCAUCGGAGAAGGCCCCAUCGGAGAAAGCACACAGUCCAGUACCGUCUGAUAAAGCGCCAAGCCCGACUUUAUCAGAAAAAGCGCCGACUUCGAGGGCAGGACUAUCCGACAUAGCUCCAAGUCCUACGCCAUCAGACAAAGCUCCAUCUGAAAAGGCAUUUAGUCCGGUACCAUCUGAAAAAGCCCUCUCUAAGAAGGCAUUUAGCUCUGAGCCUCCUGAAAAGGUCCUAUCUGAGAAAGCGCACAGUCCAGUAUCAUGUGACAAAGCACCAAGCCCUGCUCCAUUUGACAAGACCCCGUCUGAAAAAGCGCCUAGCCCUGUUCCUUCUGACAAGGCGCCAUCGGAAAAGGCUCCAACCCCAGUACCAUCGGAGAAGGCCCCGUCGGAGAAAGCACACAGUCCAGUACCGUCUGAUAAAGCGCCAAGCCCGAUUCUAUUAGAAAAAGCGCCGACUUCGAGGGCAGGAAGCUUAAUUCUAUCAGACAUAGCUCCAAGUCCUACGCCAUCAGACAAAGCUCUUUCCGACAAGGCUCCGUCGGAAAAGGCUCCAAGUCCCGUACCAUCGGAGAAGGCCCCAUCGGAGAAAGCACACAGUCCAGUACCGUCUGAUAAAGCGCCAAGCCCGACUUUAUCAGAAAAAGCGCCGACUUCGAGGGCAGGACUAUCCGACAUAGCUCCAAGUCCAACGCCAUCAGACAAAGCUCCAUCUGAAAAGGCAUUUAGUCCGGUACCAUCUGAAAAAGCACCAAGCCCUGCUCCAUUUGACAAGGCCCCGUCUGAAAAAGCGCCUAGCCCUGUUCCUUCUGACAAGGCGCUAUCGGAAAAGGCUCCAAGCCCCGUACCAUCGAAGAAAAUACACAGUCCAGUACCGUCUGACAAAGCGUCAAGCCCGACUCUAUUAGAAAAAGCGCCGACUUCGAGGGCAGGAAGCCUAAUUCUAUCAGAUAUAGCUCCAAGCCCUACGCCGCCAGGCAAAGCUCCAUCUGAAAAGGCAUUUAGCCCGUUACCAUCUGAAAAAGCGUCCAGUCCGUUACCAUCUGAAAAAGCUCUCUCUGAGAAAGCGCACAGUCCGGUACCAUCUGACAAAGCACCAAGCCCUGCUCCAUCUGACAAGGCAUCAGAGAAGGCAUACAGUCCAGUACCAUUUGAAAAUGCACCAAGUCCAACAUUAUCAGAAAAGGCGUUAUCUGAAAGGGCAUCUAGUCUCGUCUCUUUAGAGAAAGCACUAAGCCCAUCACCAUCUGACAAUGCCCCGUCUGAAAAAGCGCCUAGCCCUGGUCCUUCUGACAAGGUUCCAUCUGAGAAGGCCCCUAGCCCGGUUCCAUCUGAGAAGGCGCCACCAGAGAAAGCGCCAAGCCCUGUUCCUUCUGUCAAGACUCCAUCUGAGAAGGCGCCUAGCCCUAUUCAUUCUGACAAGGCACAAGCGGAAAAGGCUCCAAGCCCCGUACCAUCGGAGAAGGCCCCAUCGGAGAAAGCAUACAGUCCAAUACCGUCUGACAAAGCGUUAAGCCCGACUCUAUUAGAAGAAGCGCCGACUUCGGGGGCAGGAAGCUUAAUUCUAUCAGAUACAGCUCCAAGCCCUACACCAUCAGACAAAGCUCCUUCUGACAAGGCCCCAUCAGAAAAGGCAAGCCCGGUUCCAUCUGACAAGCCUCCAUCAGAGAAAGCACCAAGCCCAGCUCCAUCUGACAAAGCUCUAUCUGAGAAAGCCGUUAGCCCGGUUCCUUCUGACAAGGCUCCAUCAGAGAAAGCACCAAGCCCAGUUCCUUCUGAGAAGGUGCCUAGUCUAACUUUAUCAGAAAAGGCCCUGUCUGAAAGGACACCUAGCUUAGUUUCGUCAGAAAAGGCACCUAGCCCCACAUUAUCAGAAAAGAUACCCAGCUUAGUGCUUUCUGAUAAAACAUCGAAGCCAACACCAUUUGAAAAAGCUACUUUUGGAGACGAGGCGGAUAUUUAUGAUGAGCCUGGCUCUCCUGAUCUAGUAGAUGAAAAUUUUAUUGAACCAGGCAAAGAAAAAUUCAUGCGUACUAGCAUGUUGACUCAAUUUGACGAUAAGAUUCACAAAACCGAUGCCAUUGUUACGUCAGUUACAAAAGAAAAAUCCAUUGAAGACGUUUUGAAGGAUAUGCCUUCCGAUAAACCGGUUAGUACGACAGAUAAAGUAGGCAAAGUGGAGCCUACUACGCCACCUGUUUCGCCAGAAACAAAGAAAACUGAUGAUGCUACUAGCCCCUCCGAAAAAUCUGAACCAGCGAUUAGUUCGGAAAAACCUACAUUUGAUGAUAAAUCAUUAACAGCUGAAAAAGAUAAAAUUUCAAUUGUGACUGACAAAAUAUUAACAAACAAAGAUCUAAGUCCUUCUACGCUCGUGUCAGUUGCUGUACAACCUCCUAGCCCUGAGGUUCUCAGUGAUAGAUCAGAACAGGAAUUGUUCACACAGCAAAUAAAGACAUCCCAGCACGCGACACAUUCUGAAGAAAUCCAUGUUGAGGAAGAAUCCAUGGUUUCUAAGAAAAUUAAUGUACUCGAAUCAACUCAAUACACGCCUAGAGAUGACCAAAAAGUUUCAACAGAAAAAGAUGGGAUAGUUGACGUAUUGGUAUCCGGUGUAAAAGGUAUACGUCACAUUAUAAAAGAAUCGUUAGUCGAUGGCAUUCAUGAAAUUACCAAAGAUGAUACUAAAACCGGUGACGAUAAAAUUACUGCAACGUCAGGCAAAGCACCAAGCCCUGAACCUUCUGACAAAGCGUCGGAAAGAGUUCCAAACCUAACUUUGUCGGAAAAGACACCUUCUGAAAGAGCAUCCAGUUUAGUACCAUCAGAAAAGGCUCACAGCCCGGCACCGUCUGACAAGGCAGUAAGUCCAGUGCCUUCAGAAAAAGAACCAUCUGAGAAGGCACCAUCUGAGACGACUCUCAGCCCAGUACCAUCUGAUAAAGCUCCAUCUGAGGAGGCACAUAGCCCAGUACCAUUUGACAAAAUCUCCUCUGAGAAGGUACAUAGCCCAAUACCAUCUGACAAGGCUCCAUCUGAGAAGGCACAUAGCCCAACACCAUCAGAAAAGGCUCCCUCUGAGAAGGCACAUAGCCCAACACCAUCUGACAAGGCUCCUUCUGAGAAGGCUCCCAGUCCCGUACCGUCUGACAAAGCUCCCUCUGAGAAGGCACCUAGUCCAGUACCAUAUGACAAGGCUGCCUCUGAGAAGGGUCCUAGUCCCGUACCAUCUGACAAAGCUCCCUCUGAGAAGGCACGUAGCCCAACACCAUCUGACAAGAUUCCCUCUGAGAUGGCACUUAGCCCAACGCCAUCUGACAAGGCUCCCUCUGAGAAGGCACAUAGCCCAACACCAUCAGAAAAGGCUCCCUUUGAGAUGGCACAUAGCCCAACACCAUCUGACAAAGCACCCUCUGAAAAGGUACAUAGCCCAGCACCAUCUCACAUGGCUCCCUCAGAAAAGGCACCCAGCCCAACACCAUCGUACAAAGUUCCUUUAGAAAAAGCAUCCACUCCAAUGCCUUCUGAAAAAGCAUUGAGUCCCAUACCAUCUGACAAGCCCAUUAGCCCAGCUCCCACAGACAAACUUGAUGGUAAAGCACCAAGUCCCAUUCCUGUUGAAAUGCCAACUAACUUACCUCUAGUUGAUGUUAUUUGUACUGAAACAACAGAACAUGGCAAACUACUAACUCAAACUUCUGACGAGACGCCAUUUGAGAAACCAAUCAGUCCAAUGGCGUCUGAAAAGGCAAAGAUAUGUAGUCCAAUGCCAUUUGAUAAAGUGCCUUCUGAAGACGCACCUAGUCCGUGCGAGCAUAGCCCAGAGCCAUCUGAGAUUUCGACUAGUUCAAGUUUAAUACAGAAACGAACUUCUGUGUCAUUAGAUAGGGUCCCUUCAGAGAAACCAGCAAGUCCAGUUCCAUCUGACAAGGCUCUAUCAGAGAAGACACCAAGCUCAACGCCAUCGGAAGAGGCUCCCUCCGAGAAGGCACCACACCCAGAAGAAAAGGCUCCUUCCGAGAAGGCACCACACCCAGAACCAUCUGAAAAGGCUUCUUCUGAGAUGGCGCCCAGCCCAGUACCAUCUGACAAGGCUCCUUCCGAGAAGACACCAAGCCCAGUACCAUCUGACAAGGAUCCCUCCGAAAAGGCAUCAAGCCUAGUACCAUCUGACAAGGCUUCUUCUGAGAAGGCACCCAGCCCGGUACCAUCUGAAAAGGCUCCUUCAGAGAAGACAUCAAGCCCAGGGCCAUCUGACAAGGCUCCCUCUGAGAAGAUUCUAAGCUCAGUUCCAUCUAACAAGGCUCCCGCUGAGCAAGCCCCCAGUCCAGUGCCAUCUGACAAAGCUCCCUCAGAUAAGGCCAUAAGCCCGGUUCCAUUUAGCAAGGCUACGUCAAAGAAGGCUCCAAGCGCGGCACCGUCUGACAAGGCUCCCGCUGAGAAGGAUCCAAGUCAAGUACCGUCGGAGGCACCUUCAGAGAAUGUUGCCAGUCCAGUACCAUCUGACAGAGUACUUAGCCCUACCUUAUCAGAGAAGGCACAAUCUGACAAGGCUCCCAGCCCAACACCAUCUGGCAAGGCCCGAUCUGACAAGGUAUCCAGCCCAGUGCUAUCGGAGAUAGCAUCUAGCCCGGUACCGUCAGAUAUGGCUCCAUCUAAAAAAGCGCCAAGCCCAACACCAUCAGACAAGGCUCCCUCGGAGAAGGCGUCCAGUCCAGUACCAUCGGAGAAGGCCCUUUCAGAAAGAGCAUUAAGCCCUUCAUCGUCUAACAAAGAACUUUCAGAGAAAACACCAAGUCCAGUAUCGUCUGAAAAAGCUCCGUCUGAGAAGGCUUCAAGCCCGGUACCAUCUGACAAGGCAUCUUCAGAAAAAGUAGUAAGCCCUGUACCGUCUGAUAAAGCCUCUUCGGAGAAAGCCCCUAGUCCUGCACCAUCAGAUGAGGCUCCAUUAGAUAAGGCUCCAAGCCCAAUGCAAUCGGCGCCAUCUUCAAGAGCAGCUAGCUUAGUGCCAUUGGAAGAUCCGUCCGCAAAAGCUCUUAGCCCAGUACCUUUAGACAAAGUGCUUAGCCCAGUGCCAUCUGAUAAGGCCCCAUCAGCACCAAGUCCAGAACCGACAGACAAAGGAUCUGAAAAAGCAUUAAGCCCUACGCCGUCUGUGAAAGCCCCUAGCCCAGUACCAUCUGUGCAAUCUUCGAAAGCAACUAACUUAGUUCCAACAGAGAAGACCCCAAGCCCGGUACUAUCUGACAAGGCUCCAUCAGAGAAGGCUUCCAGCCCGGUACCAUCUGACAAGGCUAUAUCAGAGAAGGCUUUCAGCCCGGUACCAUCUGACAAGGCUCCAUCAGAGAAGGCUUCUAGCCCGGAACCAUCUGAGAAGGCACCUUCAGUAAAAGUAGUAAGUCCUGUGCCUUCUGACAAGGCUCCAUCAGAGAAAAUUCCCAGCCCAUUACCAUCUGACAAGGCUCUUUUAGAAAAGCCUUCAAGCCCGGUACCAUCUGACAAGACACCGCCAGAAAAAGCAUUAAGCCCCGUGCCUGCUGAAAAAGUUUCUUCAGAUGCACAUAGUACACCAACUAAAUCAGACAAGCCCGUCGAAGAAACUAUUUGCCCAACAAGCGUGCAUAAUCUAGAAGGUAUCGUAUCCAGUGCCGUGAUAAAAGAAUUAGUUGAUCCAGCUCUUGAUAAGCUGAUUGCUGAUAUUGGUAAACUAAAAGACAAGGCGGCUGACAAAGUGACUAGUCCGGUACCGUCAGACAAGGCGCCCAGUCCAACUCCGUCAGAUCUGGCAUCUGAAAAGGCACCUAGCCCUACACUAUCGGAGAAAGUACCAUCUGAACGAGCACCCAGCCUAGUCCCUUCAGAAAAGGCACUUAGCCCAACACCCUCUGAUAAGGCAGCUAGCCCAGUACUGUCUAAUAAAGCCCCAUCUGACAAGUUAAUUAGUCCGACGCCGUCUGAUAAGAUAAUAUCAGAAAAGGCACCACUAGAUCUGGCAUCGAGUCCAUUACAAUCGUACAGUGAAAAAGAUAUAUCUGAUAAAAAGCUUCCUACUCCUGACAAAUCUAGAAAAUUUGACAUUGAAACAUCGGUUGACACUACUCCAAGUACUGAUAAGUCGGAAGAAACAAUUAUUAGCUCUUCUGAAAAAGUGGACGAAGAAAAGCCAUUUACCGCGUCAGAAACAAAACCACUUAUAACUGAAGUAGCCAAAGUUACUAAAAAGGAAACAAAGGAAAUGACAGCUGACGAAAAAGAUAUAGAUGAGAAGGAUAAGACAGUUAAAAGGAUAAAAUUAGAAUCUACAUCUGAAUCAAAAAUUACAUCUGACACAGAUAAAGAACAUACAGUUCAAAGCAUUAGCCAUGUAACAGAAUCUGAUGAAAGUUACUCUAGUAUGGGGUCUAGGAAAGAUUUACACGAAGAACGAUUAUUUAGUGGGAGUAAGCAAACAUUGAAAACUGACAUGUUUUCAAAACACGAUUCCUCUUUGCACGAAUCCAGCCAUAAAUCAACUAGCGAGGAAACUAAAUCUCAUUCUAUAAAAAAGAGAUCAAUAGAGCAUGAAAAGCUGAGAGACGCAUCAGAUAUAUUAUCAUCAAUAUCUACAAUUGAUAGUGGCGUAGACAGAGAUAGUAUGACAUUGCAUGAUUCAUCAGAAGACGUUUCCAAAGAAGUUAGCUUAGAAGAAAAAUACAGUUUCGAAACUACCGAAAAAGACAAACGAUCUAAAAUGUUUUCUGACUCGGAAACAUUACAAUCUAUCAGUAGCAGUAGAUUGAGUAGAUUCAGCGACGAAUCGUAUACAUCUACAUUAAAAGAAAUGGAAGUGUCUAAAACAGUUCCUGACUCUACAAGAACAGAGUUGGGAUCUCCAAAAGACGAAAUACCUCUUUCGGAAGCAUCAGAUUCUGGAGUCCAUAGCAUUCCUUUGGAUAUUGAUCAGUUGAUGUCGAAAGGUGAUGGUCUAACACACAUCAAAGAUGAUGCUAUGCAGUUAAUGGAAUCGAUUCAUAAAGCAUUUAGUGAUGACACAGUACAGCAAGGAAUUAAGACCGAGGGAAUGGAAUCCUUACUAGUUUAUUCUGAGGGCGAUAGAGUAUCUACACCACCUACAGUACCUGUUAGCCCGUUACCAAAAACUCCCAGCAGUUUUCAAGAUAUCAAAGUAAGUGAAGGUGUUCAAAGCGAAGUUACUUACGAUAAAUCUGAUGGUACCGAAGAAACUAUAACUAAAGUAGUUCAUGUAGGUGAAGAUGUAUUGACUCAAAGGAUUUCAACGUCCACUGAGAAAGUACCGAAACCGAUCAAGGAUUCAGCAGCUGAGAAUGAAUCAGAUCUCAUGUCCCUUAUGCAAAACAUGGGUAAAAUAAAGACGGAAACUGAUACUGUUACCAAAAUCAUCAAAGAAGGUGAGAAUGUUGUAACUCAAACAAUAACUACUGUGACGACUAAAGAAGUGAUUUCAAGGGAAGACGGUACACCACAAAAUAUUAAGACAACCAUAGAAACAACAACACUGAGCAAGGGAUCAGAUGGUUCAACUAUCACUACGACAGAUACUCAAACUUUACUGUCGGAAUGUUCUUCCAGUCUUAAAUCUACCUCACAAAUGGAUUUAUAUGCCAAAGAUAGUAGAAUAGAUAAACUCUACCUCGAAAGUGAUAAGUCUGAAACUGAAACGAGUAGCCAAACUAAAGAAACUAGGAAAGAUGAGUCUUCCGUAACCUCUGAUAUGCCCGCUCAAGUUCAGUAUAUUUCGGAAUCAGACGAAUCCGACGAUGACGUUGAAACAACUACUAUAGAUACCGACGUAAGCAAACGCAUAGUAAAGGAAAAUAAUGUUGAUGUUAUGGAAACUGUCACUACUGUUACCAAAAAAGAAACAUUAAAAGUUAAUGAAACCAAGACCAUACGUACAACAGUUGAAACUACUAUUACAAAAGAACGCCCCGAUGGUACUAAAGAUGUACAAAGAAAUGUAGAAGUUAAAACUGAGGAGCCAGUCGCAGAUACAAGCAAUAUAGAACAAGCCCUUAGUAAUUUAUCUAUUCUUGGAGUACCCGAAGAAACAGAAUCAGUUGAUUCUGAAGAAGUUAAACAAGAUACAUUUAUUAUCAAGCGAGUUAUAGUCACCAAGGUUAUCAAAACGACGUAUGUAGAUAGCCAUGAAACUCCAAGGAAAUUAAAAACUGUUACAACUGUAACUACUACAGAUAAUUACCCCGACGGUUCUUCUCGUACUAAAGUAGAUAGCAGUACAUCUAUUACAGACAUAGAAGUUGAAGAAGUAGUCGAAUCACCUGAACUUGCAAAUUACAUGGUAGUUGAUAAGUCAGUUACUGUAGACAAACAGGAGAAAAGUGUCGUCAGGAAUGAGAAAAGUGUAUUGCAAGUUAUAACAACAACGACUACUAAAGAAAUUUUAUCAUCUGAGGACAAUGGUAGGAAAAAACUCAAAACUACAGUUGAAACUGUGACUGAGACUCAUUUACCUGAUGGUGUUACAGAAAUUACCAAAGAUGUAAGGGUAUCUGUAUCUGAUUAUGAGCUAGAAUCUAGUGAUGAGGAAACUGAAAACUACGAACAAAUUGGGAAGCCGUUAGAAGAUGUAACUACAGCAGUCGAAAAUGUCACAGACAAUGGAAUAACCAUUAAACGCAAAACUACCGUCACAACUAUCAAAGAAGAAUUCCAUAAUAAGGAGAAGAACGUCAAAAGAAUUAAGACUACUGUAAUUACUAGGAUUGAAGAUGAACAUCCUGAUGGCUCUGUUAUUACGAAAACAAGUGAAAAAGUGUCUAUCGUUGAGGAAAACCUGGAAACUACUCAAGUUAUGAAAGUUCAAGGUUUAAGCGAGAGUUGGCCCAUAUACACUGCUGAUGAAAUGGAUGAUGAUGGCCAAGUAGAAGCUAUACUAUCGGAGUUGUCUCCAGAAGGUGAGCCUGAGGAAACGGAGUCUACAGAAACUGAGGAAAUAAAAGAGAAAAACUUAGUUAUAAAGAGAACAGUUGUUACUAGAAUUGUGAAAACAAAAUACUCCAAUGGUCAUGGAGCGAUAAAGAAAAUCAAAACCGUAACGACUGUCACAACAACUGACCGAUAUCCUGAUGGAUCUGCAAAAACCACGGUAGAUGUAAAUACCGCCAUAAAUGAUAUCGAAACAGAUGCUCCUCAAGUAGACCUCACAGGCUUCCCUCAAGUAGAAGAUAAAUCAGUAGAUGUCGAUACUAAAGAGACAGUAGUGAUGAGAGAUGGAAAACAAGUGAAACAAAUCAUCACCACUACCACAACUAAAGAAAUAUUGGCAUCAUCUGAUGGAUCUAAGAAGAAGAUUAGGACAACCGUUGAAGUACUCACCGAAACUAAGCUUCAAAAUGGAACUACAGAAGUUUCUAAAGACGUCAAGCUUUCUGUUGCUGACUACAGUACUGAAACCUUUGACGAAAAUCUAGGAGGUUUUACUCCUGUUGAAAAGCCAGACGAGCACACAAGUUCAGAAACGGAAAAAAUUACCGAAAAUGGCGUUUUUAUUGUUAGGAAAACCACCAUUACCACUAUUAGGCAAGAGUUUGAGAAUGCUGAGACACAUUCAAGGAAAGUAAAGACUACUAUUAGAACAGUUGUAGAAGAUGAGCACCCCGAUGGAACAGUAGUAACUAAAAAGAGUGAAAAAAUAUCGAUUGCCGAUGUUUUUCUUAAAACACCACAGGUAGCUCAAGAUGACGCAGAAAUAACGGACACGUAUAUCGAUGAUUCGGAGAUUGUAGAAGAUACGACUGAAGAAUCAGAUGUUAAGAAUGAAGAAAUCAAGCAAGGGACAGUAACAAUUAAACGCACAAUUACAACUAAAACUAAGAAAGAAACACUAGCCAGUGCAGAGAAGAGCAUAAAACGAAUAAGAACGACCGUAGAAACGGUUACUGUCGACGAAUAUCCAGAUGGUUCCACAGAAACUACUAAGGAUGUCAAAAUCACUAUUUCAGAAUUCCAGAAAACAUCAGAUAGUGAUUUGCAGGCAGCUUUACAAGGACUCCAUUCCACUGGCAAAAUUAAAACUUCGGUAGAUAAAAAGACAAAUAUCGUUACUGAGCAUGGACGUAAAGUUACUCAAACAGUCACCACAUAUGUGACGAAAGAAGAAUUAAAGAACAAUGAAACGAAUGAAAUAGCAGUUAAAACUGUUACAGAGACCUUGACAGAAAAUGUUCAGGAAGAUGGGUCAAUCGAAACGACAAAGGACGUAAGAACUCAAAUAACUUAUCUGCCUAUUGGAACUGGGCUUGACGACUGGACACCAGAAGAAUUAGAAGAAAUUGAAAAGCAACCUGUAUCAGAAGAAAAACCAACUCUUGAAAAAUUACCUUUAGCGCAAAAGGAAGAACCAAAGCCUGAAACCAAGCCGAAGAAACAGCGAUCACCCGUAGGCGAAAUAACUACUGAUACAAAUACGUAUACAAAACUUAUUAAGGAGGGCGAUAAUGAAAUAACUCAAACAAUAACCGUAGUAACUACCAAAGAGGUUAUUAGCCCUGAAAAAAUGAAGGUCACAGUUGAAACGACGACGGUAAGCAAAGGCAGCGACGGUGUGACAAAAACGACUAAAUCAACUAAGACCACAAUUUCGGAAAUCAAAGAAGAAUAUGAAGAAACAAUAGAUCGUGGAGAAAGUGAAAAGUCGUUCUCAAAAUUAUCUUCGAAGACAGGUGAUAUGCGCAGUUCGUCUGCAGCUAGUGACGACUUGGAUCACGCCGGGAUUUCAUCACCGCCGUCAGAUAUUAGUUCCAGAGGGUCAAGGGCAGCUGCUCAAGUUUGGGGAACAACAGAAAGUAGUGGCAUGUACUACAGUGACGAUGACGGACCUGGCAGCCCAAGUAGUACAAAGUCACAAGUAGCACAUUCACCCAGAUCAAACCUCAGUUUUGAAUUAGACACAAAACAUCAAGAAUUAAACGAAGAAAUGGUACUCGAAAAGCAUUACAGUACAGUGGCUGAUCCUAUGUCAACAUCGAUCUAUGGACAGUUACCUGAAGAUGAUUCCUGCACAUCUUCUAGUCACUCGGAGAUAAAAACUGAAUUCCAUACAAUUGGGAAACCUUUAUCCAAAUUAACUGAAGACUUCUUGACCCAUGAAAAACUAGAAUCUGGAGUAACACAGCGAAUAGUAAAGUCUGAUGCCACUUUCCUGAGGGAGGCAGACGAACACUUCGAAAAGGCAAUAGAAGAGCACAAAAAAGUUAGUGGAUCAGAAGUAAUUUCAAAUAUUACCGCUAAAUAUGAACUAAGUGAACAAAGUCACUCGAGUAUUACACAAACUAAAUCAUCAAAAGAAGAAACUUUAACGUUAAAGGAUCUCAAAUCUGAAGUAAAGAAAACUGAGACAUCUGCCUCGAGUUCCAAACAAGAAUCUAGAAUAGAAAAGCACGAAAUCAGCAGCGACAGUAAAUCUAAAGACCCGAUAGAGUCAUGGGGCAAGCCUUUAGGUUUACCAAGUCCUAUUAUGCCACCUGUCGAUGGUAAGAGCACUCCUAAGAAACAAGCUAGCUCAGUUGCGAACAAGAAUAAACUCAACCAAGAGAAGAGUAAAGAGGCCAAGAGCAGAAUAACGGAGUCUCCUAGUAAGAAGAAGGCAGUAGCUCCAGUUUACAUGGAGUUGACGUAUGUGCCUCACCAUGGGAACUCCUACUAUUCAGCCAUGGAGUUCUUUAAACGGGUGCGCGCGAGGUACUACGUGUUCUCGGGUACUGAGCCGUCAAAGGAAAUUUAUAAUGCCUUGUUAGACGCAAAGAAGACUUGGGAAGACAAAGAUUUAGAAGUGACGAUAAUCCCGACCUACGACACCGACGUCCUCGGCUACUGGGUAACAGAGAACGAGGAGGCCCUCGAGAAGUACAAGAUCGACCUGUCACCUUCCGCCUCCCGCUGCACCAUCAACCUCCAGGACCACGAGACCUCCUGCGCCGCCUACAGACUCGAAUUCUAGGUGUCGGGUCUAUUUGUGGCAUUCUCAUCCAAGAAGUGAGCCCCAACCACAGCCGGCGCCAGUAAAAAUGGAGGCAGAGUAUAGCGCCGCCCUCAGAGCCCACUACUUCGAAUGAGACGCUUGCAAAUAGUAACCCCAGUGACUUUGUGAUAUUUGAAUGCAAUCAAGAGACUGCAGAAGAGUUUGAUAAAAUCAUAGUUAUAGUGCUGAGGCGUGCCGACCAACGGGCCGAGUCCUUAACCGCAUCCAAUUUUUGAAAGUCAAUACCAAAUUCUCGACCUAAGAACAGAAACGUCCAUUUUUUUCUAAACUGUUUUCUAGUAGCUUCAUCGAUAACAGUACAUGCCAUUAAAAAUAUAUUUCUGACGAUAUUUUUGAAUUUGGUCUAUACAAUCUGUAGUGCUUUUAUACACGAUAUUUAGCGUAACCAGUCCAUAUUUUUUAGCCAAAAUCCGCUUGUGCGAAUAUCAAAAUUUUUGACAAAUUAUUUUGCUAUCGCAUUUGUGAAAUUUUAAUAGUUAUACACACUUAGCUUGCACGCCUAUUUAUGUUAAGGCUUAUUACAUGGACGUCAGGAUGCGUCGACGAUCGACAAGUACCUUAAUUAGGAAGAAAUUUUAAAUAAAGCGUAUUAACUGUCUUAAAAAGACGAUUAAAGAUUUGAGGCUAGGUUUAGUACUAGCCACAUGUAAUAAUUGUUAGUCGUGAUUCACACUAUUGUUACGUCGGGGUGACGAGGAGGUGCGGCCGACCUGAUCUAUUUUUAAGAUUUUCAGCCACUGUUUUUCACUCGAGCUUUGCGAUGAAUGACUGAUUCGAUCAAGCCGCUGAGCACAAAGCAUUUUAUAUUGGAACAAGCGUUGACUGUUUGGAAAAAUCCUGCGUUUCUAAACUUUCCUCGCUUGUUGUCGGUAUAGCGGCUGUCACCUUGCCUUCCUUUCUUUAAGUUCAGAUUUUUUACCGAUCAACGUCUUCCGCGCAACGAAUGAUACGUUUGCUUUAAGGAAUUAGAUUCAGCGUUUGAAAGGACCACAAUCGCGGAAGGCGUUCGAUAGAAUAUAUCCUUACUCAGCUGCUCCCGUCACCCCUGACACCAGUGAGCCUAAAUCGUUAGGUAGAGAGCUUAACCCAUUAUAAAGUAAAUGUUUUAGUAGGACUAUUACAAAAUGAACACUCUAUUUACCUUUGUUUGUGAUUUGCUUGUUGUGCCGAAGUUUAACUGUGACAUAGUUAUAACGAUGUUAUACUUUCGAAGUCAACCGUGAUAGUUGAAUCUCAUGCGUUAAAAUUUUAUUGGCGAUUUUUUGGCCUAUCGUUUACAAAUUUCUAGUCGCGAUCCAAAUAUCUAAGAAGGUAGUUGUUAUUUCGUUCCUAAUGCCCUCCAUUCUUGCCGAGCACAUUUGAAACAACAUUACGAUUUUGUCAUGAAAUGAGUUUAAAUGUUCUCGGCAAGACUGGAUCAAGCCGUUGAGUUCUAGAGUUUCUAAAACUGUUUCCAAAACGAAAUCCUCAUGUAAUUAUAGUAACUACCUUUAAAAUAACUCCAUUAGAUUAUUUUUCAAUUACCGCAUGUCGGAUGUGUGCGAAUGUGAUAUGAACUAAUGAACUCAUCAUUAUUUUACCAUCUAGAUAUAAGCUGCCAGCUUCCCGAGGUCCGAUGUACCUUCUUUACCUUAAUAUUAGUAAAAACGAAAUCUGUUCUUUGUUAAAACACUAUUAAUGUUUACCCAACGCCUACCCACUGCCUUGCAACGGCCCGAUAUGAUCGAGUGUGUAUUCAUGAAGGGGACUUAUUAUUAUGUUAAGACUUAUUGAAUGAAGAUUUUCAGUCAAUUAAUUUUAAGUCAUCCAUAGUAUUAAGCCGAUCGAAACACCGUUGUCGCUUACUUUGCUAACCUCUAAUAGUGGAUAAAGAAAGAAAGCACCAGCACAAUCUAACAAAAAAAUAAAAGAAUAAAUUUAAAAAAGGCUAUUAAAAAGUUUACAUCUUCAAAUUCAUAAGAAGUAGGUAAAUAACGUCAAUGACAAACUCAUUGUUAAAGAUGCUUCAACUUAUGUUAUUGAAGAUGGAAUCAGGGAAUAUAAAGAAUGGUACUCUAUAUUUAUUUUUUGUGUUAAAAGUUUUCUUUAAGGUUUAUUAUAUCGGUAUAUGUGUUUGUGUGUCGGUUGAUGUGAGCACAAUAUUGUUUUCUGUGAGUUUAUGCUAAGUAGGGGACUAAACAGGGACAUGAAUGGUCAUACCUUAGUUCGUCGUAUUAAAGAUCGUAAGGCGAAUCUGCUUCAUAGUUAUUGUAUUGUUUCUAGGCUUCGCGGCCUCGGUUGAUAUUCUUUUAACAUUUCUGCAAAAUAUGGCCUUUAUCUUUCGACCUCUGAAUUGGAGAUGACUGUUUAAAAUCUAAUUUCAAAAUUAACUGGUCAAGUCGUUGCUGAGAAACCAGCAUACUUCGAUUAUGCCGAUAAUAUAAUAGCAAAUUAAAGAAAUUUCAAAGAAUAUCAAUCAGCUUAAGUUAGGCGAAAGCCUACCCCAAAAUAUUGUAUUUUAUAGCUAGAACUUUAACUAAUUAAUGCAUACUAUUAGAAAUAAUAAAAUGUUAUUUAAAAUUAAGAUUGUAUCAGCUUAGUGAACAUCAAUAGCUCUGGUAAAUAAAUCAUUAUUGAAAUUAUUAAA